UAUGUGGCUCAGAAGGAAACAGAAGAAAUCAAAGGGACAGUUUAUUUGAAGCAGGUUCUGCUCAUAUCAAGUGCCCUUCACUUUAGUGACACAAAUAUCAGCCCAACAGGCUUGGUGUGGAACUUACACCAUAAUGAAGGGGGAAUAAGGCUCAGGACAACUUAAUAUUAACUUUUGGUACAUUUGCAACAAAAUUUUAGCGGUAUGUGAUGUUUCCACUAAAUCAGAAUGCAGCUUGGAAACGGUGAGGGGAGGUGGGAGUCUGAAUAAACACAUCUGGCAAAAAAGAAAGAUAAUUCAGGUCCGAAGGGUCAUUCCCUUCAGUUCAAGUGCAGUGGAUUGCCCUUCCUGGAUCCAACAGUAGGGGCGUGGGAAGCUUUCAGAUGUCAUAGGGUUGUAGAUAACAUUUGAACAUAUGAUUAGCUUUCGUGAGCUGUCUUUAGAAACCUUACAUUUUUCCCCCCCACACCUUAGCCAGAGAUCCUUCCCUUGAGGUUUUGGGACACUUAAAAUGUUGCUUUGCCAAAAAUCAAGGAUGUGGAGAAGGUUUUCCUGUGUGAUGUCAUGUUGCUGCCCUUUAUAAGCCUCUGCAGAGAAGAAGGGAUCCUGUCUGAGGAUUCACACUCCAGGCACGAGGGGAGGCGAGGAGCCGACGCUGACCCACCAUGGAGCGGCGAACCAUUCCCCAGGGCAUUCCCUGCAGCUCCCUGCUCCUGCUGCUCUGCAGCCUGAAAGCUUCCCUCGCCUUCCCCAACUCCUCUCCACUGCUGAGUUCCAGCUGGGGCAAUGGAGACCACCUGAUGCACCUCUACACCGACACAGAGAGGAGCAGCUUCCACCUCCAAAUCAACGCUGAUGGCUACAUUGAUGGUGCUCCUCACCAAACCAUCUACAGUGCCUUAAUGAUCAAGUCUGAGGGUGCUGGCUCAGUAAUAAUCACAGGUGUGAAGAGUGGACGCUACCUGUGUAUGGACAUGAAAGGAAACAUAUUUGGCUCGCAUUACUUCAGCCAAGAGGACUGUGUGUUCACCCACAGGACGCUGGAAAACGGGUACGAUGUGUACCAAUCCCCCAAACACCACUUCUUGGUGAGCUUAGGCAGAGUUAAACAAGCCUUCUCCCCCGGUAUGAAUCUACCACCAUACUCCCAGUUUUUGUCCAGGAGGAACGAGAUCCCUCUGUUCCGAUUCAACACCCCCGAGCCCCACAGACACACCAGGAGUGCAGAUGUUGAUCCAGUAGAUCCUCACCAGAUCCUGGUUCCGCAGAGGAAGGCCCCGGUGUUUGGCUCCCUGCAGCAGCAGCCAGCAGACUUUCCCCACAUGCCCAGGGAGCCCAUGAGGAUCAACCAGAACGACGUGGUGAACCCCGAUGAUCCCCAUGCUAUGAUGGAGGCCAGGAGGUACCCCAGCCCCCGCUUCUACAUCACAAGAUAACUGCGGCCCCUCUGCUCAUCAGGUGAAGACGGGCAAAAGGAACUGUCUGUCACACUCAGCCUGAAUGCUAAAGUGGCUCUUAGAAACCUGGGAGACACUGGGAGAAGUUCCUUAGCUUCAAAUCUUGUUUUGUGAGUAAACUGCCAUCUGUAAGUACAAGUCAGAUUUUUCCAGCUUGGGCUCUACUGGAAAGAAGAUCCAUUUUUGAAAAGAGUAACACAAAUCAAACCUUUUGGGGUCUGAAUCACCUUACAUUUGCUUCAAUGAGGAAAACAAAAAAAGAAAUCCCUUGUAUGAAAUGGGAAACUGAUGUUAUGUUACUGAUGUAGAGACCUGGAGCAUCUGUUAUUCCAGCAGAGACAGGGAAUCCGCUUAACUAGCACCAUCCUGUCCAAGCACAGCAGACAAGCUCCAGGUGGUGUGUUAUUUUAUUAUAUCAAAAUUACCAUGUCAUAUAUCCAAUAUCUGAAGGGGCUACAAGGAAGCUGGAGAGGGGCUCUUUAUCAGAAAUUGCAGAGACAGGACAAGAGGCAAUGGCUUCACACUGACAAGAGUAGGUUUAGAUGGGAUAUUAGGAAAAAAUUGUUCCCUGUGAUGGUGCUGAGGCCCUGGCACAGGCUGCCCAGAGAAGCUGUGGCUGCCCCAACCCUGGAAGCGUCCAAGGCCAGGCUGGAUGGGCUCUGAGCAACCUGGGAUAGUGGAAGGUGUCCCUGCCCAUGGCAGGGGGUUGGAGUGGAUGAGCCUUAAGGUCCCUUCGAACCCAUUCUGCGAUUUUUUGUUUUUAGCUUUUAAGUUAGAGCUUCAUUCUCUCCUCACCCAUAUGAGUUAAAAAAAGAUCACUCUGCUGUCACAGGAGCAGUAGACAUGGAGUACUGGAGAAACUGACAGGACAACAGGACAGGAUUAAAGGGAAAAAUAGCAAUUUCUGACACUGAACCCAAGCUGAGGUUUUGAAAAAAAGAGGAGAGUCUCUCUCUCAAGUGGCUCUCUAUUACAGUUCUACAUAUACUAAAUU